UGUGUUGCGAUCGAAACGUCGUGAUUUGUUUUAUUUUAUUUCUACCUCCGUCACUUUACCGAAAGAACCAAAGAGUAUGGAUUCCUGCAGUCACGAAAGCUUCAAAUCAAGAUGGAACGAGACGUUUUAAGAUUGGAAGUGACGCAUUCAACUGUCACGAUGGCCGGAUAUAACAGAGAGCCUGGUUACGGACCACCGUCAUACACGAACUCACACCGUCCUUCAACACAACUGGUCACAGCAUUUCCUGCUGGGUCAUCAGGGCAGUCUGCUGGCUACGCCCGCUCCAUUAGAUCAGGGCGGGGGCCAAACUACAACCGCUCCCAGUCCGUGGUGUCAGGAGUGGCUCGUUCCAUGUACUCACGACGUGGCUCAGGAUACCCACAGUCUGUUUUGUCUGGAACGGUGCCUCCUGGAUCCUUCUAUGUUGGGAGUGAGUAUCCUGAGGAUAUAAUCGACUUCAAGUCAUGGCGCUCUCCUCCACGCCUUGUACGGAUCUUCCACAUCCUGGUCUUAAUUCUCAGCGCUGGAAUUUUUGCAUGCGUGGCCUCCACGCUGCCUUGGGAUGUCAACUACGCAAUUGGGGGUAACAUUGGGGGUAACUACCCAUUGUACGGACAGUCUAACUAUGGCCACUUCGGCAUGUACCACAUGUUCGCUUUUGCCAGAGGGGCCCAGGGAUUCAUGAUGGCCAUGGCAGCUAUCACCAUCUUAAUAGUGGGCAUUUUGUUCCUUCUCAGUCUUUCUAAAUCUCAAAGCAUGAGAAGUCAGAAGUUCUACUUGACCAUUAUCAUCGUAAAUUCAUUUCUUGCCAUCUUGGAUUUGAUUGCCACCAUAGUCUACACCGUCGCUGUCAACCCCUCGACUCAAACCGCAGGCUCGUCAAGCUACCACCAAGUUGUUUCGUUGUGCAGGGCUUACUAUUUGCCUGCUGCCACAAGCCUCUACAUCGACCCAUUCCUCUACCACUUCUGUAUCAUGGACCCUCAGGAGGCAGUCGCAGUUGCUUGUGGAUUCGUCUCCAUGAUCUUUCUCAUCGUCGCCUCUGUCUACGCUUUCAAGACGCGCAGUAAAAUGUGGAAGUAUGGCAAGGACUUCAUAGCAUGGGACAACGAUUAUGGGAAAAACAUUGAAAAAUGGAUGAGUCAAAUGGACCUGGAAGCCCAGGGGAUGUCGGAGUCUCCCGUGGGCUCCGAGGGAUCCAGCUACGGUGAUGGCGCCACGUUCACCAGCGAGGCACAAGUGAGCUACGUCCCCCGGACUGCCUCCCGCGGCAACAUCUUCGGCACCGCCGAUGCCCGGCCGUGGGAGGGUAGAGAGCGAGCAUCCAGCCGGGGAAUGUACGAUGCUGACCAGGCUGGGUCUGAAAGCCCGGGCGACGGACAGAGUGCAACUCUGGAGGUCACGGGCAAGCAAGCCAUUAAGAGAGCUCAGCAGAAGAGGAAAGCCCAGCGGAUUCAAAGAUAUGGAACGGAGGGGUCUCUGUAUGAGACAGACUACACCACAGAGCCCGAGUCCAGCCCAGAGGAAGAGAAUGAGUUAAUGAGGCUCUACCCCAGCAUUGCUUCGAGCACCACGAGGCAGAGCUACAGGCAGCAGUUUGAGAGUGACAUGAGCGAGUACCGCAGUCUGCACGCCGAGCUCAGGGGCAUCUCGCAGAGGCUCGAGCAGCUCAACACCGAGCUGGACAGACUCCCGGAGGACAGCGCACAAUACCAGAAUGUUGCUGAAGAAUACAACAAGAUAAAGGACGUCAAGCGGGGCCAGCAAUACCAAGAGAAGAAGCGUCUCUGCCGGAAGCUGAAGGUGCGGCUCUCACACAUCAAGCGAGCCGUGGAGGCCUAUGACCUGCAGCAGCAGCAGGCACUGUGAACCUCCCUUGCACGUGGGAGGCCAUGGAGUAGCUGGAGAGAGUUUUGUGGCCGAGCUGUGCAGUUCAGAUGACAUUUUUGUUAAAGUUACUCUAAUAAAAAAAAAUCUGAAGGAAGCAUUGAUUAGCAAUAAACAUAUUCCUUUUAAUAGACAACAUUAUAACGAUAAUUAAUAUCAACAGAAAAACAUAGGUAUGCUGUAAAUGUAUAAAGAAUAAUACAUUGAAACCCUCAUUGACACAGUGCAAGCGCUUGUACGAGGUGGAAUCAGUUGUGAAACAAUUUUCCAAGAUUAUUAUAUGAACAGUUUUCAAGGUCAUAUAUCACACUAAAAUAUAUGGGGACAUCUCUCCUACCUGGACCCUUUGUUUCUCCAUUUCACAUUCAUUUUGCCGAAAGGUUCCUUAUAUUAGCAGCUCCCAGUGAGGCCUGGAAACCGUCAUACGAUGUUAUUGCAGUUGUCAUUACAUUAGUUGAAUCUUCCCUGUUAUUAAUUGCUUUUAAAUUUAAUUUUGGAAGAAAAUAUGUUGAUAUGGAAAAAGGUGAGACUGCUAGCAGGGGGAAAUAUAAUCACUUCAUACUUAUAUACACUCACAGACUGUCUGCACUCUUGGCAUGUGUAGGUAGAGUCUACGUAUGCAUAUACUGCACACUCUUCGAAUACAAAAGUCCCACUGUUUCUGGGGUCAGCUGCUCCGAUUUUCUUUCUCUCUGAGCUUCUAUUCUGUUUCUUCUCUAUCCGCAUCGUUCCAUCUUGCCCUCAGUGUCUCUCUACUUUACUCCCUCUGCACUGAUGGAAUUUCCAAAGCCCUUCUAAUCUGAGUCGCUGUUAGUCUUUGAGUCGCUGUGCAGGUUUAUGGGUCUCUAAUCUCCAUGGUUCUUCCAAUUGCACCUUUGUGUUUACUCAACACAUGCCCAAACUGAGUUUCACCUCCCUCACCUUUUAUAGAAUAUUAGCAACCCUUGCCAAGACUCUAUCCUCUUCAUUCCACCUCCUUUCCCUGAAAAAUAUUCAGCAUGUUCAUCUCUGACCUGUCAAGCAGUGUCUCGUUUCUUUCUUAGUGUAUAUCCAUGCCCUCAUACCAUACAACAGCACUGGGCCCAUAUAUUUUCACUUUCAGUUCCCGAAACCUCUCUCCGUUUAUACCAUCAUGCCCCGACUGUUUUGCCAUCUGCCCCAGAAUGUUGUGUGAUAUCCCACACAAAGAACCUGAGUGGGCCAGACAUGCAAGCCUACACUGGCAACCAAACUAAGAAGACCCCGUUAAUCAAAGAAUAAUACCGGCCUCCAUGCAGAAAUACAAAUAACUGAAUGCGAAGCAUGGGCAACUCGUGACCUCAAUUCUCAACAUGCAACUCCAGACGCCAAAAAUUAGUACAUGCAAUGCACAUCAUUGUAUGUUACCUCUAGACAAAUAAGAGACGAAGAUAACGGCACUGAAAGCUGACCAAGUUAGAGUAAAACUAAAUUAUCUAAAAUAUCUGGAAUUAAGGAAAACCACAGAUUACUGUACUGGGAUCAAUGAAGGCCAGAAUAAAGUCAGGUAAAAUAAUACCGUAAUGCAAUAAACUCCACAAACCCUUGCUCUAAAGCAAAGAGACAAAUAUACUCGAUUCUAUUGCCGUAAUUUUUUUUGUAUUUUAUUGUAAACUGUCAACUUUAGUUUUUGUUGGACUGAUUCCAACCACUUUGCUCUGUUCCAUUAAGAUGAAUAAUAUUCUCUUUUUUAUUAUCAGACACCAGGACAGUGCCAUUCGUGAAAUGUACAUUUGUAAGAUGUUUACCAUUGACAUUCCACAAUUAUCAUCUCAUUUAUUUUUUUAAACAUGUUUCUAGUUUGCUGUAAGUUUGGAGAUAGAGGAUCACCUUGUUUUACUCACUUCUGGAUGUUGAGAUCUAUAACUGCACGCUCUAGUUUGAUGUGAGCAAUACUUUCACUGUAGAGGUUCCUCAGAAUGCAAGUGUAUUUUGUUUAAAAUCCUUGAUGUUGUAUAAUCAAUUGUUCUAUAUAAUCAAACUCUUCAUGGUGGUAUAUGACAGCUAUAUAUAAAAUGUUUAGUUGUACUCGUA